AUGUCAUACUUCAGUGACGAGCAUCCUCUGAAGCAGAGUUGUGGCAGGUUGGAAGACUUACGCAAGGCCAACUUCGCACCGGAUUUAACCAUAGAGGUACUCAACGGGCAAAAGGUAUAUGCCCACCGAAUCAUCCUGGCAGCCAGGAUCCCAGCACUAGAGGAGAGCCUUGCAAGACCUGGUGGUAGUCUCUCAUGGACCUCCUAUUCACAGAGUGCGGUGGAGGCCCUACUGGAAUAUGUUUACACAGGAAAGGCCAACAUCUCCCAGGACAACGCACAAAACCUCCUUCAGAUGGCAAAAUCUCUCCAGAUGGACGCUUUGGAAGAGUGGUGCAUCCAGUUCCUGGUCGAAAGCAUAAAUUUGGCCCAUUUGUCGGAUCUCUGGCUGUUGUCGCAGGAUACGAAGAGCGAUAUUAUGCAGGACAGCUGUCUCUCAGUCAUGCGACGUAUUUUCGAUGAUUUUGUGUCUACCGACCUCUUUGCCUCGCUGUCGCCGGCGGCCCUGCUUCAACUCAUUGACAGUGACGAUCUGCGUGCUUCAAACGAGGAGGCCGUCCUUCAAGCCGUCCUGGGCUGGAAGAAGCGUCUCAGCAUGCCAGUCGGAUUCAGCACCCGAUUUUGCGGAAUCCCUUUCUGUCCCUUGACCUUUCGAUAG